AUGCAUAUUUCGACCUUUAUUGGCGGGCUAUCCGCGAUUUGCGGAUUGACCCUAGCCCAGACAACUGUGACCAGCCCGGUCAUCGAAGCGGAUGAUUUCAGCGUCACUGGCGCAUUGGAGGAUCUCGGUGUGGAUGUGUCGCAAAUUCCUGCAUUGGAGUCAUUCACCGCCAUUGAGACACGGUCAACCGAUAAGGCCUGUGCAGCUGCUUGCGCAAGUUUGGGAUUCCUUUUUGGCUCCAAGGUUGCUGCUCAAGAUACUACUGGGUACAGCAACUUCACUAGCUCGUUCUGGUCAGUGCAGCAAGAAGAGGUCCAGCCUCGUUGUAUUUUCCGUCCUACCAAGAAUACGGAGGUCAGCACUGCAGUUUUACUUUCCCGGUUGACAGGCUGUGAGUUUGCUGCUCGCAGUGGCGGCCAUGCGGCCUUUACCGGGGCUUCCAGCGCGCCUGGCGGAAUCAGCAUCUGGUUCAAGGAUAUGAAUGCCGUUACCCUGAACGCAGACAAGACAGUCGCCUCAAUUGAGCCUGGAAAUAACUGGCUCACUACCUACACUGCCCUCGAGCCUUAUGGAUUGGCCGUUAUUGGAGGUCGUGCCGCCAGCAUUGGUGUUGGUGGCUUUGUUUUGGGUGGUGGAAUCUCCUAUCACUCCAACCUGUACGGAUGGGCUUGCGAUAAUGUCCACAGCUUUGAGGUCGUGACCGCUAGUGGUCUGAUUGUAACCGCGAGUGAAACUUCCCACGCUGACCUAUAUUGGGCUCUGCGCGGCGGUGGAAACAACUUUGGCCUUGUCACCAAGUACAAUAUGUACACCAUCCCCUCGCCAAAGCUUUACGGUGGUGCCAGAACUUUCCUCCAGACCGAGUUUCCCGAGGUUAUCAAUGCUUGGAUCAACGUGAUCAACAAUGCCACCAUUGACGGCAAAGCCCAGCAAUACGUCGCCUUCCUCCGGACCCAAGAUAUGAACCUUGCCUCUGCUGAGUUGACCUACGUGCACAACGACCCCAACCCCGAAAUCUACAAGCAAUACAGAAGCAUUCCCGCCAUUUCCGACACAUCUAGUGCCAAGACCCUUGUCGAGUACGUCGAGUACCUUGAGAGCGAGAACCCAUUCGGUCUUCGCGAGGUGUACUGGCCUAUCAGUGCGGCUCUCGACGAGAAAUUUGCCAACUGGGUGGUGGAUCUCUUCUACUCGAUGAUCUCUGAGGUGGCCGAUGUCGCCGGCGCCCAGCCCGUGCUCAUCUACCAGGGAAUCACCGAGGCCAUGUUGAACAAUAUGAAGAACCACGGCGGUAACGCUCUUGGACUCGCCGGCUCAUCUGGCCCUGUUCACCUUUUGCACAUUUCUUGCUGGUGGACGAACGAGGCUGAUGACGAGACUAUCUACGCGUUUGUCAACAAAUUCAUGGAGAAGGUCAUUGCUGAGGCUAAGAGCGUCGGAGUCUUCAAUGAAUAUGUUUACAUGAACUACGCCAGCAUGUUCCAGGAUGCUGUCGCUGGAUAUGGUGCUACUAACAAGGCUCAGCUGAAGAAUAUUGCCAAGAAGUACGACCCCAGGGAGGUUUACCAAAAGCUCCAGCCUGGUUACUUCAAGCUUGAUGGUCCUCCUGUGACUCCAUCUUUCUAG